AUGAGAGGCGAAACAGGCGUAAGCAUUAAAAACCCAAGGCCAUCUCGUCCUUUUUCUUGUUUUUGGCGUAAAGGAGAUGUUGAAAAUAUUAGGAAAAGUGAUAUAGGGAACGAAAAGAAAAUAGACGCUAAGUUCAACAGGCUUCAGUAUAAUCUAUAUUACAAGCCUCUCUCGCACCACAAGGCCGGUUUAUUGUACAAAGAACUCUUCUUCAGAAGCUGCUUCUCUUAUACUACCUGCUCAUUAGACUUUCAGGGUAAAAGGCACCAAGUGGAAAGAAAGGCAGUAGAUAUAGUACUUUGA